AUGGAUCUUCGCGUCGACAUCGUCGAGACGAGGCUCUGCCUGGACCAUCGCAGGAGGCCACCAGGUAAGUUCCCCCUCAGGUAAGUGCAUUUGCUCUGUUUCUUCCUAUUGUCUGUUGAAGUUCCGUGUCGUAUGCUGCUCUUGCUGCCUGCCCUCUGUAUGCUAGUCAGUCUGAUAAUAGCUAGACGAAACCCUCGCUGCCUGCUGCGACUGUCUGUCUGUCAGUCUAUGCCACUCUCUGCUAAUAGCUAGGUGCUAUGGAGCUUGACACUUGAAUGGUGCCCUCUCACUUGUGUCUCUGACUGAUGACUGUGUCUGUUUGUCCACUCUAGCUAGCUGUAAGUCCCAUAGCGUUAUGUAGUGUGUAUGCUCUCUCCUACUUCACUCCAUCACAUCACCAUCACCACCAAGGUCUCAGGCUAAUUCGGGUCGUUCUCUCACUAACAAAAUGUCGUGGCCCAUAGUGUAGUCCGGCAGCCGUCUGGGAUAACCGGGCAGCCCUGUUCAGGGAUGCGUUGCCUGCCCCCGCGAGGGGGAGGGGGCUAGAAAAGGUGCCCUAAAGAUCGCUGGGAACCACGCUGUCUGUAGGCUGGCGUGGCGGCAGACAAAAAACACACGGUUGAAACAGCCAAAAUCGAAACAACAACAACAACAACAACAACAACAACAACAACAACUACAACAACAAUCACUCUCUUCCUCUUCCAGCCUAUUCUUCUUCCUCUACUACUCCUACUUUUCGCCGCCGCAUUGGCCAGACUGGCAGGGUGCGCCCGCUCACUCUGGCAGCCUGGAAUGUUCGUUCCCUUUUAGACAAUCCGAGGAGCAACCGACCGGAACGGAGGACGGCGCUAGUGGCACGAGAACUGGCGCGCUACAAGGUGGACAUCGCCGCACUCAGCGAGACCCGAUUCUCCGAACAAGGCCAACUGGAGGAGGUGGGUGCCGGUUACACCUUCUUCUGAAGUGGUCGACCCAAGGCAGAGCGACGAGACGCGGGUGUUGCCUUCGCCAUCCGGACCGACAUCGUGGGACGACUACCCUGUUUGCCGCAGGGAAUCAACGAUCGCCUGAUGAGCCUCCGCCUGCCUCUCCGCCGGGGUGGGGGAAAAUUCGCCACCAUCAUCGGCGCCUACGCUCCGCCGAUGACCAGCCCCGACGCCGCCGCAGGAGACAAAUUCUACGAGGACCUGCACGCACUCUUGGCGACUGUGUCGAAGGCGGACAAGUUGAUUGUCCUUGGUGACUUAAACGCCCGCGUCGGCACAGACCAUACUGCCUGGAGAGGAGUGCUGAGUCCCCAUGGUCUCCGCGGCUCCAACGACAACGGCCUGCUUCUCCUCCGCACCUGCGCAGAACACCGCCUCAUCCUGACGAGCACGUUCUUCUGUCUGCCGGAGCGAGAGAAGGCCACCUGGAGGCAUCCUCGGUCGCGUCAGUGGCACCUGCUGGACUAUGUCCUCGUCCGGAGGCGAGAUCAGCGGGACGUGCUGGUGACGAAGGCGAUCGCGGGUGCUGAUGGGUGGACCGACCAUCGCCUAGUCAUCUCGAAGAUGCGUAUUCGUCUACAACCUCGCAGGCGACCACAAGGUAAGCGACCCCCAGGUAAGCUGAAUGUUGCCUUGUUGUCUUUGCCUGCUCACCAUCUUCAUUUCAGCAAUGAGCUAGCUCAACGUCUACACAACCUCCCCAUCGCCGAUGCCGCCGCUGCCGAGAACGCCUCCGUGGAGAACCGCAGGUGUCAAAUGCGAGACACGGUCCAGUCGACGGCGCUCGCCGUCCUCGGUCGCGCUCCCCGCCAACACCAGGACUGGUUCGACGACAACGACUCUGCCAUCAGCAAUCUGCUUGCUGAGAAGAACCGCCUCCACAAAGCCUACGUAGAUCACCCCACUGAGGACAACAAAGCUGCCUUCUACCGCAGUCGCCGCCAACAUCAGCAACGUCUGCGCGAGAUGCAGGACGCCUGGACUGCUCGCAAAGCUGAGGAGAUCCAAGGCUACGCGGACCGCAACGAAUGGAAGAACUUCUUCUCCGCGAUCAAAGCUGUCUACGGUCCGCCGACGAAGGGCACUGCUCCUCUCCUCAGCGCCGACGGCAGCACUCUCCUGACUGAGAAGACGCAAAUCCUACAGCGAUGGGCCGAGCAUUUCCGAGGCGUCCUCAACCGCCCUUCCGCCAUCUCUGACGCCGCCAUCGAGCGUUUGCCGCAAGUGGAGACCAACGUGGACCUCGACCUCCCGCCAUCUCUCCAAGAAACCAUCAGGGCCGUGCAGCAGCUCUCUAGCGGGAAAGCACCCGGAUCGGACGCAAUCCCUGCUGAGGACUACAAGCACAGAGGUCCCCAACUCAUGGAUCACCUGACUGCGCUCUUCCAGGAGAUGUGGCGUCAAGGUGAAGUCCCGCAAGAUUUCAAGGACGCAACCAUCGUGCAUCUCUACAAGCGAAAGGGGAACCGCCAAGUCUGUGACAAUCACCGUGGCAUCUCCUUGCUGAACAUCGCCGGGAAGAUCUUCGCUCGCAUCCUGCUCAACCGCCUCAAUAACCACCUGGAACAGGGCCUUCUGCCGGAAAGUUAA